AUGCCUGUGAAUCUCUCCUUAUAUUUGGUCACCGAUUCCACUCCGAAGAUCCUUGGAGAUAGAGACCUCUGCUCUGUAGUUGAGCAAGCUGUUCAGGGUGGAGUCACUAUCGUUCAAUACAGGGACAAACAUAGUGACACGAAAGAGUUGAUCAAAACGGCUGCAAAGUUACAUGAUAUUACCUUAAACCAUGGUAUUCCUCUCAUUAUCAAUGAUCGAGUCGAUGUUGCCCUUGCUGUUGGGGCAGAGGGGGUUCACCUGGGCCAGGAUGAUAUGAACAUUGCUGUUGCAAGAAAGAUAUUACCCAAAGGAACUAUUAUUGGAGUCACGGUUUCUUCAGUUGAAGAGGCUCAGGUUGCCGUUGAGAGCGGUGCCGACUACCUUGGCAUUGGGACCGUCUACGCUACUCCGACUAAAACCAACACAAAAUCCAUCAUUGGUACUGCAGGAGUUAAGCGCAUCCUCAGCUGUGUUGCAUCCCUCAACCCCAGAGUUGGUACUGUGGCCAUCGGAGGCAUCAACCUCGACAACGUCCAACGAAUCAUCUACCAAUCCCAAGACACUAAAAAGGGACUUGAGGGAGUAGCCAUUGUCAGUGCCAUUAUGGCGGCAGAAAACCCCCGUGCCACAGCUGCCCUUUUCCUAGAUAAAGUCAGCAAAAACCCCACAUUCGCUACUAUCCCGAUCUCUCCUCGUGAAAAUGAAGAGGAAUUGCUUCUCGGUAAGGUCGAUGGGCUUGUUCGAAAAGUAGCUACCGUUCACCCUCUAUGCCACAAUAUGAUCAACUAUGUUGUGGCUAAUUUUGCUGCGAAUGUUGCUCUUGCGAUUGGUGCCUCACCGAUUAUGUCGGGAUACGGCCUUGAAGCGCCUGACCUGGCUAAGAACAAAGGCUCUCUGCUCAUUAACAUGGGCACCUUGAACAGUGAAAGCUUGGAUAACUAUAUGCAGGCUAUCCGUGCAUACAACGAGGCAGGUAAUCCCGUUGUUCUUGACCCUGUUGGAGCUGCUGCCACACAACUUCGAAGACAGUCCGUCAAGACUCUAAUGCAUGGUGGCUACUUUGACCUCAUCAAGGGAAAUGAGAGUGAAAUAGGCCACAUCUACGGACAUACUGGAAACCAAGUGGGAGUGGACAGUGGUCCUAGUACUUUGGAUACCAAAGAAAAGGCAAUGCUAGUUCGAGACCUUGCUCUCAGAGAAAGAUGCAUUGUUCUUCUUACCGGUCCUACUGACUAUCUCAGCGACGGUGCCCGUACUAUUGCUAUUCAUAACGGACAUCCGCUGCUGGGGCAAGUUACCGGCACCGGAUGCGUUAUUGGUACAGUCACUUCAGCGUUUCUUGCUGUAGAGAGACAGGAUAAGCUUCUUGCUGUUUUAUCCGCUUUACUUAUGUUCGAAGUUGCUGCCGAGCGAGCUGUGGUCAGCGGCGUUAAGGGGCCGGGUAGUUUUGUUCCUGCAUUGUUGGACGAGCUCUAUUCCCUGAGAACUCAAGCUACCGAGUCUAAGUCUGCUUCAAUUGAUACUCUCAAGAAGACUGCAAAGGUGAAUUUUAUUCACUUUUAA